UUAAGCGAGCGGUAACGCGUUACCUUCGAACUUCUUAGCCAUAAUCUUGGCCAGGUUACGUGUCAAGAAGCAGAAAUAACCACUUGGCUAAUUGAAAAGGCUAAAGCUCAAGAGUUAAAGUGUCAAAAAAUAUCUAAUAUAAAUAAUUUCUAAAAUUAAAGAUCACAGUGCUUGCAGUGCAUCUAAAAAUGCCAGCCCAUGUUGGCCAAGUUCUGCCACAAACCAAGCAACAAAUCACAUUUUGAACCUGGCCAAUUGCCAGCUGAGGGAAAGCCACAAAAGCGAUAGCAACAACAACCAUGUCGAGCGGCAGCCUCCUGGACGUUCUCUGCAGUGGUAGUGGCGCCCGCCUGGCCCUGGGCACCUCGGUGAUCUCCUAUCUGAUUGUCUACAAUGAGGCAUCUGCUCCCAGCCUGCUGGUGGCCGUUAUUCUGGCCACCAUCUAUGGCACUAUGGCGGGUCGUUGCAAAACUAGCCUGCGCAGCCUGCAAAUGCCGUAUGUGAGGGCCACGAAUAAGUUUGACUUUGGCUGUUUGUUUUUGGCCAUCUGGCUGGAUGCCCUGGCCGCCAUGUGUGCCUGUGCUGCCCUGGCCAGGACCCUCAGUGCCUGUUUGGAUGCCAUGACUGGGGGUCUGGCAAGGAUACUAAUAUUGGGCCGUAAUGCACCCGCGAAUGAGCCCUGGCCGGAUGUUCUUGGCGUGUCAGUUGUCUUCCUCGUAACUGGGAUGUUCAUGCUGGGCUUGGAGCACUCGAGAGCCUUCAGCCUCAUCCUGACACUCGGCAUGUUUGGCUUGAAUGCCAUUUUGAGCGCCGUUGGCUGGUGGCGGGGCGACAUGUUGGCCUGGUCUACGGAAAACUACUUCCAGCCCGAUGGCAUUACCAGUGUCUUCCUGGCCACUGCCCUGCUCACCUACUCCUUCCCCAGCGAUUGGCCACAACCACAUCGAAGUGGACGAUUUACGGCGACCUUAAUCAUGGGAUUGGUCAGCAUUUCUCUACUGCUGACAGCCAUUUGUCUCUCUACGGUGGUGCACUACAAAACCCAUGAGGACUAUGUAGCCGUGCCCUUGUUCAACAUCCUAGAUGAAAAUGGCUUCCAUAAGUUGGUACCAGCCUCGGCUUGUAUGUUGCUGCUAACAAGUUCGGCGGCAUUUCUGGAACUUUUCCCAGAACUUUAUGGCAUAGUGGUGCGUUUGGCCACCUCGGAGUGGCGGAUACUAUCCAAGCAGAUUAGUUACGAAAGCUCGGAGAGUGGAAAUCCCGUCCUGGCCGUCUUUAUAGCCGGCAGUAUGUGCGCUAUGUUGGCCUUUGCCUGUCCGUUGCAGCAUCUUAGUUACACUUUAGCCGCUGGUCAUAUGGGUGGGGUAUUCUUGAGGGCCUUCUAUCUUCUGUACACCCCCUACAGACCCAAGUUUAUGGCGCCCAGCAGCGAGUCUUCACUGUCGUACAGUCGUCUGUCCACAGCACCGAUAGCCAAGAGCAGCAGUUACAGCAGUGCCGCAACUUCCAGUUCGAGUAGGUUAAAGAGGAGUCUCUGGAAGAUUGGUCUACCCAAGCAUAGUGGGUUGAAGAAGCCCAAGACAAAGCCUAGGAAUAAGCAGGAACUGGAGAAGGAGUGGCUGCUGCUGGGUGAGCCCACAUCGCCGUGUCCGCAACGGGAGGGCAGGGAUGUGGAGUCCACCAUUCUGUCUGAUGGCGAGCCACCGCCAUCUGACUUUGAGUACCCAGAUAAGUUUGACAAGAGCGAUUCGGACACCUCAACGGACAUAGACGCCAUUGUGGAUGAGUAUCGGGAGAAGAUCAAGGUAACCACAGCUGGUCCCUUGGAGCGCAGUGUAAGAGUUCCCACAGUGAGCUCCUGGCGGGUAACCAUCUUUGCCAUUGUGGUUAUAGGAUUGGGCAUAGCCCUCUGCAUUGCUGGUCUGAUGAUGCACUGGGCUCCAGCUGCCUUAACCGGAGGAAUCGGGGUCUUUAUAGUGACUAUAAUGAUGGGUUUCAUACCCAAGUACACGGGCAGUGUGAUCAACGUGAGUCCCGUGAUCUGUGGAAUGUCCCUGCUGAUGGGCGUGAUCCUUUUCACCGGAUGUGCCGUGCAUUCGUGGCCAGGAUUGAUUAUCUGGAUGAUGGCUGGACUCAUCCUGGUCAUUAGAUGCGAUAAGUACUGCUGCAAUUGCUUUGAGCACACGACCAUGCUGAAUGCCCAGCUCAUACCGAGUGUCUCGGGGAAAACCAAUGGAGGAUCAGCUACGGGAUCCUCAUCGAACUUGGCUGGUCCUUCCACCAGCAUUCGGAUACCCAGACCGCCGAAGGGAGUGGGCGUGGUUGGGUUGCCACAGCGCAUCAAUGGCCAUAGAUGACAGUCGGAGUCCUCGGAGGAGGAGGGCGAGGACCUGUUCCACGAGGACUUCAAUGUGCGCGACUUCGAUGAGGAGGAUGACGAGGAUUGCUGGACUGAUUAGCUUGCCGCCUUUGGAACGAAAAACGUUUUUAGGAAAAACUAUUUACUUGCUAUGCAGAUAGAUCUCCGAGAUGAUCAUCUAGCUUCGAGCCACAUUUGCCUGAAAUUUUCUAGCUAGCUAAAAAUGUUUGUCGAAAUUUACCCAUGUAUUUACGUAUAGCUAGGCGACACUCUCUACAACUAGGUUCCAAAUAAAAUGCAAAUUUUUCGAAAACAAAUAAGAAAUCUUUUGAUAUUUAACAGA